UCCAAAUUCCAGCUCCAAAGUUAUGCGCAUGUGGCAGUUUCCUUUUAAAUCUAAUUUCCAGCUAAUUAAUGAUCAAGAAAAUCAGAGGUUAAUUAAGACACUAAACAAUAUAUUAUUAUUACACUCUAUAUUUACUAGAUGCUAAUCAAUCUACUUUAUUUGACUAAAUCCCACAUUCUUUCCAGAGGGGACAUUGCAUAUUAUAUAGUUUAAAUGCCCUCUCCUUUUUCCUUAUUAUUUCUCCUGCCCCGAAAAAAUUCGUUUAUCGGGAUCGUUCGUCUGAGAUGGGCAUAUCUGUCGAGAUCGUUCGGAACGUAUUCUCGAAAAGCCGCUCUCUCCAGAGCAAUAGUAAUCAAACGAAUAGCAAUGGAGUGGAGAAGAAAAAAUGGAGUAGCUCGGUGAGAUCGUACCUUUGCGGCGACGAAUACAAUUUGGUAAACGCAGCAGCUGAUGAUGACUCGACUUCGGUUAGAAACUCGACCAUGGUAGAGUUGGACUUGGCUUCCUUUAGGAGCAAUAGAGCUACUACAAAUACUUCAGUCUGUGCAGCAGAUGAAGAACAAGAUUCGGCCUCCGAAGCUACUGUGGAUCAGCCCGCGGGUCCCACGGAUUCGAAAAAUGAAGAUAGUCGAACGGAGAAACGGAACUCUGCACGAGCUUUCCAGCAAGAAGAUGCUGCGUUGAUCAUCCAGUCAGCAUUUAGAACCUUCCUCAUGGCAAGGCGGGCGAGAGAAGGAGCGAAAAACGAGGGUGCAGUAAGUCCGAGUAGGGAGUCAAUAGGCACGUCUAUUGAAGUUCAAACUGGAAAUUCAUCUGAUAUUUUCUCGAUCAAAGAUGACACUAGUUUUGAUCUGCACCACACAAUUAGGCAUAGAAACAGAGCUCAAGUGCUCAAAAUCCAGGAAGAUUGGGAUGACAGUACUUUAAGCAGUGUGAUGUCGAAAACGAGAAUCCAAAAUCGGCUUGAGGCAGCGACGAGGCGCGAAAGAGCUCUAGCGUACGCCUUUUCCCAGCAGCUAAGGUUUUGUUCAAAGAGGAAACAAAUAAUUAUGGGAGAUACCGAUGAAACGAACACGGGGUGGAGCUGGCUGCAGCGGUGGAUGGCGGCCCGCGGGCCCGAAAUGGAGGAGAAAGAGAGCUGUGGAUCUAAUGAGGUUUCUUCACUAGUCGAAAACACCACUUCAUUUUUCCCCAACAAUAUCCCGAGGCCAAACAAGCCUCGGAAUAAAUCCACUAGAAGCUUCUCGAGACAAAACUCUGCUUCUAGCCACUUAUCUCCAAGAGAAUCAAAGGAGAUGAAGAAAGUAUGUCAUGCGGAAGACAAGAGAAAACGAGCAAAGCAGCCAGAGAACAAGAAAGAUAUCAAGAACAUCGCUACUACUAUCGAGACUAUUGAACAAUAAAUUUCUGAUCUCGAAAAUCUUUAUUUUCCAUGUAUUAUUAAUAAUUUAUUAUAACGAGAACUACUUUUUAU